CCUCUCUCUCCCUCUCUCUCUCUCUCUCUCUCUCUCUCUCUCUAAAUUUUGGACAGCCAAAGUCUUUAUCUUUUGUUCAUAUUUGUGUGGCCAUAGUUUGGAUCUUCUUGGUAAUAUUAUCAAACAUAUGGCUCUUAAGCCAUGAGAAGGAGAGAAGAAUAGUAGCUAUAGCUUAGUUUAGUUACAGGAUCUGGUUUUCUCUCUCAGCUUCACUUCUCUCUCUAUUGUUUCUUUUGAGAGCAAAACUCUCAAAAAACCAAAAUUGUCUGUUGGGUUGGAGCCAAACAAAUCAAAGAAGAAACAAUCAAGGCAACUCUAUCAAGAUCCAUAGGAGCCAUGGUGGUUGAAGCUUAGCAAUUCAAGAAGAAAAAGAUGAAAGCUUUGCAAUUUCAACAGCAACAACAGGUGGAUGAGAACAUGUCUAAUUUAACUUCAGCUUCUGGUGACCAAGCUAGUGUCUCGUCUGGAAACAGAUCAACUGAAAUCGGCACCAGUAACUUUUCUCAGCAGUAUUUUCCUCCACCACCGCCUCACGCAAAUAGUCAAGGUGUGAAAAGGAAGAGAAACCAGCCAGGAAACCCAGAUCCAGAUGCAGAAGUGAUAGCUUUGUCUCCCAAGACCCUCAUGGCAACAAACAGAUUCAUAUGUGAGAUCUGCAACAAAGGGUUUCAGAGGGAUCAGAAUCUUCAGCUCCACAGAAGAGGGCACAAUUUGCCAUGGAAGCUAAAGCAGAGAACAAGCAAAGAGGUGAGGAAGAAAGUAUAUGUGUGCCCAGAAGCCAGCUGUGUGCACCAUGACCCUUCAAGAGCUCUUGGGGACUUGACUGGGAUCAAGAAGCACUUUUUCAGAAAGCACGGUGAGAAGAAGUGGAAAUGUGAGAAGUGCUCAAAGAAGUAUGCGGUUCAAUCAGAUUGGAAAGCCCAUUCAAAGACCUGUGGCACCAGAGAGUACAGAUGUGACUGUGGAACUCUCUUCUCGAGAAGGGACAGUUUCAUCACCCACAGAGCUUUCUGUGAUGCUUUAGCAGAAGAGAGUGCAAGAGCCAUAAACCCAACAACACUGCAAACCCUCUCUUCUCCUCCUCCUCUUCAGCCUCAGCCUCAAAAUCAUAUGAACCUCAUGGGUGGUGGUCCCCACAUUAAUUUCAACCCCCAUGGCCAUGACCUCCAUGCAUACAGUGCAUUCAUGAAGAAGGAGCAAAAUGAUCAUCAGCAAAUUAGCAGCUUCAGUUCCACCAACAGUCUCUUACCACCUUGGCUUGCUUCUGGCCCACCACCCAGUGCUACCUCUAUCUUCUCUGGAAAUCAGGAUCAUCAUCACCAUCAUCAUCACGAUUUCCAGCAGAACCUGGAGUUGGGUCCAAACCCUAACCCUAGCUUGGGCCCCACUCUCCCUCAAUUCCAGGUGCCUGGUGCUGCAGCAGCCUUGUCAUCCCCACCUCACAUGUCAGCCACUGCAUUGCUGCAGAAGGCAGCUCAGAUGGGAGCGACAAUGAGCAGCAGCAGCACCUCCUCAGGCUCGGUCUCAGUGCCAGCUGGCGUCAUGGCGCGGGCCCACCUGUCUGACUUCGGGGGUCAGGUGUCAGCUGCCGGCAACGGCAUUGGUGGAGGAGCAGUAGGAGGUAGUGUUCAUCAUCAACAACAACAGCAGCAGCAAGCCAGCUCUCUUUUGCAUGACAUGAUGAACUCUCUGUCUUCGGGUACUGGGUUUGAAGGGACCUCGUUCGAGGACGCCUUCGGUGGCAUUUUGGGGAACUCGAAGAGCAAAGACGGGAGUCGGAGUGGCGGAGCUGACGAAAAUGGUGUCGUUGGUGGUGGGGAAGGUUUGACCAGGGAUUUCUUGGGGCUAAAAGCAAUGUCGCACAGUGACAUGAUGCUCAAUAUCGCUGGUCUGGGAAACUGCGUAAGCAACAACAAUAGUAGUUCGACCCGUGACUUGCAGAAUCAAGUACCACAAAAACCUAAUUGGCAGGGUUAGCCUGGCCUGGCCUAGCUAUAGCUAGCUCCAUCCCCACAGAGAGAGAAAGAGAGAUGGAGAAAGUUGAAUAUAUCUCUUUCUUAAUUUUGAUUUCUCAAAUAUAUGAUGUUGAGGAGAGUAGCUAUAUAUUUUGAUAUCAAUCUUCCCCAAGGGAAUAUCCAUGAACUUGAACUGAAUUAAACGACGACAUUUUGAGGACUUAA